UCCGAUCUUAGCCUUAUUUUUGUCUCGCCGCCUCGUUUUCUUCCCGCCUUGCUCUCGUUUCAGCGAUCGUCACAGCUUCGCCCGAUCUGGAGACGAUCACCAUGAAGACCGCCGCGCUUCUUGGAGCGGCGCUUGUGGUUGCCGCCGUCCAUGCCGGGCUAGUCCCGACGCGGGAUGUUUCUGCCGCUGCGGAGGACGAUCUCACCGAGUCAAAAGGCCUGACCGAUCUCCUCAGCAUAGCCAAGACCCAGGUGCUUGAACAACUCAAAGAGACCGAGAAGGCGUUGCGCGAGCGCGGCGAGGCGCCCCGCUGCACCGCUGACAAGCUCGUCUUCCGCCGGGAGUAUGGCCCACUGAGCAAGGCCGAGCGACUCGCCUACAUCAAGGCAGUCAAGUGCCUGCAAACCAAACCCGCACGCACACCAGCCAGCGUCGCCCCGGGUGCCAAGUCGCGGUUCGACGACUUCGUAGUCACCCACAUCCAGCAGACGCUGGCGAUCCACUACUCGGGCAUCUUCCCGCCGUGGCACCGCUGGUUCGUGUACCAGUACGAGAGGGCGCUGCGCGAUGAGUGCGGCUAUACGGGCUACCAGCCAUACUGGGACUGGCCGCGCUACGCCCGCGCGCCGCAGGACUCGCCGCUCUUCAAUGGCGACCCGUACAGCUUGGGCGGCAACGGCGAGUACGUCCCGCACGACGGACCCGUCAUCGUGCCGCCCGAGGGGGUGGAGGGCGGCAACAUCUCGCUGCCCGCGGGCGUCGGGGGCGGGUUCGUAAGGACGGGACCGUUCGCCAACAUGACGGUCAACCUCGGCCCCGUCGGCGGCACGGCCGACACGGCUCCCGGACCGCUCGGCGGGCUGGGCUACAACCCGCGGGGGCUGAAGCGCGACCUGGGCGGGGCCAUGAACAUGCGCUACGCCAACUACACGACGGUGCUGCGGCUGCUGACGCAGCCCGACGUCGACGCCUACCGCGUCGUGUCCGAGGGCGUGCCCUACACGGUCGAGAUCGGCCCGCACGGCGGCAUCCACUACACCAUCGGCGGCGAACCGGGCGGCGACCUGUUCACGUCGCCCGCCGAUCCGGCCUUCUGGGUGCACCACGCCCAGAUGGACCGCAUGUGGGCCGUCUGGCAGGCGCUGGGAUCUGCCAACAACAGCAGCGGUACAAAUAAGCGGUACGCGGACCUGGGGAAGGGCGAGUAUGCCCACCGCACGUGGCAGAAUAACCCGCCCUCACCACUGGCUGAGCUGAGUGAUGUGAUCGAUAUGGGCUAUGCGGCGCCCUCGACUACCAUCGGGGAUGUCAUGUCGACAACGGGAGGGGAGCUGUGCUACUUCUAUCUGUGAGGAGCGGCAGCAUUACUUUGCUCGGGCUCUCAAUCCUUAACAACCCCUUCUCUGUGCAUACAUCAAGAAGU